AUGGACGAAGUUGGUAUCGCAAGAGCGACGGCCGUGGUUCUCGACGGACUGGAACACUCCGGCGACAACGAAAGCCCGGGCAACGGACAUGUUCUCGAUCGUCGUUGGCAGAACUCGGGGCCGAAACUAAGCAACGAGCAACUCCAACUGGUAAGCUUGGAGCGCAAGAAAUUUGAGUUGGCCGUGUCCAGAGCCAAGGCGACGGCUCGAGACUUCAAUGAAGUGUUGACAGAGAUCGAGGAUAAAGUUGCAGUUGAACUAGGGAAGAUUUUGGCAGACACGGUUGAUCCGGUGAUCAAGAGCCUGACGCAGGUGGUGGUGGAGGAAGAAGGACAUGUUUGCGGGGUGUGUCAAGAUGAGAUGGAGGUCGGGGAAGAAGCUAGUGCCAUGGGGUGCAUGCACCAGUUCCAUGGACCCUGUAUUUACAAGUGGCUUAAUGAGGCCUAUGCUUGUCCACUCUGCAGAUAUAGAAUCUUACUGUAG